UUCAUCAUUGAAUGAAGAAUAAAAUAUGCAAUAGGAAAAAGAAAUACACAUGAUGGGCUUAAUCAUGUGAGCUUUCUCCUGUCCAUUGAGUGUUUAGAUAAUCAAGAAGCAAACAAGAUUGAUGUGAUGAUCAGGCAGGAUGUCGUUAUCUUCUGCUGGGAUUCCCUUCACUGUGUCAAGUUAAUGUAGCAAUGCUGAGCUUUUUUGAAUCAUGAAACUCCACAACUGUUUUGAACGCGACAUGGCGUUUCUAUAAAACAGAGGUUUAUAGUAUAUCGAAUUAGAAAAAAAAAAGGACUUUAGUCGCAAAAAACGGGUUAUGAAACACGGGAUCCUUGGGUUUCACAACAGGGCUGAAAGCGGCGCUCUCGUCCAAUCGUGAAGCCUGCUGCGGCGUCACGUGACUUUUAUUUAUGUAACGUAAUGGGGUUACACAGUAACUGAGCUUCGUGGCUCUGGAUACGUUGCUACAGAGGUUAAAAACGGACAGGGACACCUAAUUAAGGGAAGGAAACAGUAAAUGUGCGCUUUCAUUGACCCAGCUGUUCGGUCCGGUUGGCCCGGUGCUGUUUGGAGUUUGGAGCGUCGAGGCGAGCGGUGCGUCGCACUGGGAGUUGCAGUGUCCAUUUAAACUGUCUGAGAAAGGGAAGAUGCUGCUCGAGCCGAACCAAAGACUCRCCAAAUGUUCGAAAAGACAAUGUCAAUGAAUAGCUUCGGUUUGAAAAGUGAAUCUAAAAAGGUGAGCUCUUGAGGGGGUCGGGGAGGAGGGGAGACUCACAAACCAGUCUGUUCGCUGGUCGCCGGUAUGUUACUUGAAAGCACUGUGCAAUAUUGACCCCCUCCUUGGUCUCCCCCUUUGGGUCUGCUUUGACGGGACAAAGCUUGAAACUCUUCCCGCGCCGCAUCGUUCAGAAACGCAGGUUUGACUCAUGGAUCUGCUGGAGUGCCCGCACUGUCUCUUCCCGAUGUGCGAGCCGGUGACCGUGCCGUGCGGCCACACGUUCUGCCGGAGGUGCGUGGGGGGCUACCUCCCCUCCAAAUGCCCGCUGUGCAAAGAGAGGCUGAAACAAAAGGAGGCGAGGAGCACCAAGAACAACGUUCUGCUCAUCGGGGUCAUCGAAAAGUGCUGGCCCGACGAGACGAGAGUGAAGUGCCAAAUCCAGGAGAAGCUCAAAGCGAACGAGUUCACGGAAGCUUUACGCAUGGCCAAUGAGGGGCUGCAUUUAGUCCCAGACAAUCAGAGUUUGAAGUUGUUCAGAACCGAAGCUAACCUGGGCCUGCUGCGGUUCGCCGAUGCUCUGACGGACCUCGACUACCUCUGCUGCCUUCAACCCAACUGGACAGAAGGCUUUUUUCGUAAAGGGAAUGUGCUGCUGGAAAUGGGUCAGCAGAAGGAAGCCCUGAUCCAGUUCCACCGUUGCCUAAAACUCCAAGCUGACUUUGUUCCUGCAAAGAGCCAGAUCAAGAAGGUCCUGCAGGAAGAGGGGGUAGCCAUGCCAGAGGAGGUGCCAUGCAUUCUGCAACUGGUUUCCGAGUUCUUGACAGAUCCCUGCCCCAUCACCUCCCUCAGCGGCUCUCAGGUGCCGACACAAGGAGAAGCCAAGCACCCAAACGCAGACARGAGAGAAGCACACAAGAUGAAGCAUGACGCAGGUACCGAGUGCUGCCUCAGCCUCUGCCAAGCUGUUUCCUUUCUGCCUGCUGCCGAGGAAGACGAGGAAAUGAUGAUGAGGAAGGACGAGUGCCAAGGUAGAGGUGAAAGUCAAGCGCACAGAGAGGAAACGCUGGCUGUGCUCACCGUGUCAGACUUUGAGUGCCCUCUCUGCAUAAGGCUGUUUUUUGAGCCUGUCACAACUCCCUGUGGUCACACUUUCUGCAAAAACUGCAUCGAGAGGAGUCUGGACCACAACGUACGGUGUCCACUCUGCAAACAGCCGCUGCAAGAGUACUUAAAAAACCGAAAGUACAACCCCACAACUCUUCUGCAGAACAUCAUGGAGCAACUUUUCCCCUCUCAGUUGGCUGAAAGGAAACAGGUUCACGAUGCAGAGAUGGCUGAACUUUCCAACUCCACUUAUUGGCACUUUGUUGAAGCAUCUUCUUGUCGCGUGGGCAGCCGCAGCCGCGAGCAGAUAAACAGACAGCAUGGCAGCAUGCCAGAUAAGGAGGCAGACAUUCAGGCCUCGGCUAACGGUCCGGCCUGGUGCUGGUGGCUCCUGUCRGUGCUUCAGCUGGACCCCGCCUAUCAAACCACCUUCCUCUCACUGACCUCUCUCAAGGACCGCCUGGGACACCUCCGCCUCGUCCUGGAGUACUUUUCUCAGAGCUAGAACCUGGAGCACACCCGCAGCCUGCCCAGGGUUCAACAUCAUGCACACGUAAAGUGAAACCAGCGCGUUCACGCACAAGCACACGACUCACCAUGGGGUUCGGGAUUGACCUAAACGAGGGGACGGUUUUAAAGUCAAACCUGGCCAUAAGGAGAA